AUGUCUGUACACUGGACUGGCUUGUUCAGCGUUGCAGCAGGAGCAGCAGCAGCAUUAGCUGGAGCGCCAUGUGGACUUGUCUCUCUUCUGUCACUUUUCUGUGAUGCGUGUCUUGCUUUUAUUUGCCUCCGUUGGCUAUGCUGUGUGGCUGGCGUGGGCUUGGGAGUUGAGGAUCGUGCUUGGCGGCGGAGACGGAACAGGGAGAGCGGCAAAGGAGCGUUUGGUGGGCAUUCGAGCAGCUUGAAUGAUGCUUGA